AUGGCUUUGACUCAACGCGCCCUGACCACUUGGGCUUCAAUGGUGAUUUUCUUGGUGCUGCUCACCAUACAAUUGCAGACCAAACAAAGACAGAGUUGGUAUCUGAUAUUCAUGCCGAUUUGGUUAGACGACGCGCUCACGGCACUGUUUAUAAUAUGCUCUUGCGUGCACAGCAAUUCUUGUCAAGCCAUGACCGAGAUGCCGGUGUUUUGUGGCAGUCGCAGGUGCAUAAUAUUCGUCAUAUGCCUGAUGAAAAUCAUCGCCCAGCUCACCCUCUGCUAUAAGCUGGAAAACCAAAAUCCCCAGUUUCCAAUAUACUACGUGUUUUUGCCAAUCUGGACGCUCAUCGUUUACCUGAUAAUCAUCGUGAUACCGCCUCUCGUUAGACAUUACAAAGACUAA